UCUGCUGGAUCCUCCGGAGCCGCACUCGCCGCUCAGUCCCUGCCGGACAGGGGACGUCUCAGUGGGCACGGUGCCCAGUCUUCUAUUCCUGUCUGUGCGAUCGUCCUGCCAUGUACUAGUCUGCGCUGUGAACCCGGAUCCUAGCUCCCAGGUGUUUCCCAGCCUGUGCCCGCAGCAGCUCAGGUGAGUUAUUUGGAAUGGAUCUAAAAGUCAGAGAAGUUGAGACCCUUGUAGAUGAUAAUUCAGCUAAAAAGAAGUUUAAAUUUAAAUCUUUCAAAAAAUUCUUUGGGAUAAAGAAAAGGAAAGAGACUUUACCAUCACUGGGUGCAAGUGGUCUAAAGCAGAGUCAGUCUGCCAGCGAUGUCACCGUCCCUGAUUCUUUGCGUGCUGAUUAUGACUCUGAGGAUGAACUUGAGGCCACAGCUGGCAUGUUGGGAAGCAGAGCUGUGUCACAUGACAGCAUCUUUAUUCCUGAAGUUGCACAAGAGACAGCUCGACCAAUACGUGUCUUCUCACAAGAGAAUGUGUCCGACCGCAUUAAAGCCUUGCAGUUAAAACUCCAGUCCAAUAUCAAAGUUGGGCCACCUCCAUUUGGACUCCUUAGUAAGCGAUCUGAUGAUGCUGGGACCAGUUCUGAAGAUGAUGGACUGCCACGCAGCCCUCCAGAAAUGUCACUUACACAUGAUGCUGUUAAAACCAAGUUUUCUGACAUCCAUAGACAUCAUCACAGCACACUGAGCUUAGCUGGAACAGGCAGUGAGGAAGAUGAACAGAUCUCAUCAGAAACAUCUUCAAGACUUCUAUCUCCAAAUGAAAAUGAGCUUCAAGAAUCUCACAAAAGAUAUCUGGAGAAAAGAGACAGCACCAGCCUGUCACCUUCAGCCGAUUUCAGCUCUCCUGCUCAGUUUUCUACAUUCCUGGACAAUUCUGCUGCUAGGCAUAGGCUUUCGGUCAAGCCUAGAAAUCAAAGGCUAAGCAAGAACAGAAGACCAUCUGCUACACUACAGGAGGAGGCGUUCACUAAAUUGACCUAUAUGGAAGAGGAAGAUGUUAUGCCACCCACACCAGACCAGGCUGGCUAUGGUUCUAUAGAACUUGAUACUCCUGAUACCGACAGUGCUAUAAAUGUAAGCUUAGAAGAUAAGGAAUCAUCGUCAGAAUUAGCAGAGGUUAAUGAAUCACUGAAUCUCCCAGAAGCAAUGCAAAGUAGUUCUCUUGAGUUGGAUCAUCAUAACAUUUCACAAUCUGAAAAAGCCAUAAGAGCUUCAGGUGCUGUAAAUAUAGAAUUGGACACAAAGAUAAAAGAUCAGAGUGAAUUGGUUAGUGGAAGGACCAGUGAAAAUGUUUAUAGCUUGCCUACUGUAGAGGCUUUCACUCUUUUGUCAGCUAAUAAUAAAAAAAAUACAAUCAAAGAAAACAAAGCACCAAUUGAUGUUAGUUUACAAUCACAUGUAGAGGAGAAAGUUGUCCAUUCUUCAAGGACUACUUCUCUUGGACAUUCCCAGGAAUCUUUGCACAGUAGAAGAAGCCUUUUCCAGAAUUCAUUGUCUGAAAAACGCUUGAAUUACCUAGAUCAAGGUCUGUCUGAUAAGGAAAACCAUCAACAGUUUGGAGAUAAAAAAGUUGAAAAGUCACCCACAGAAACUGUUACACAAAGAAAGUUUUCUGUAUCAUCAGCUUGGGAGAGGCCUAGGACUGGCAGCUUUUCACUGAAAGCAAAUGUUGAGAAUGAGGCUCAUAAAACCACAAAGUUAUCUCUCCUAAAACCAGGUGUGUCUAAAACAGAGUUCUUGAAAGAAGAGCCCAAAGUUGCUGCAGCCAACACUGAAAAUAAGCCCAUUAGUAGGAAGACUGAGUCCUUAACUGACCCUGAGGGUAUUAUGCCUGCAGACAAGGCUGUCUUUAGUAAUAUUACCUCAAGCCAGAAUGCAGUGCCAGCUGCCAGUGAUUUACCUGUGGUUACAGAAUCACAAGCACAUUCUGAAGGCAAGAACCUAUUUUUUGUGAAGUUAAGAUCCACUUCCCUAUCCUUAAGAUACAGGGAUGGCAUAAACCCAGCGUCAAGCAUGGUGAAGAGACACAGCGCUGAGCUUAAACAGGCAAAAAGUGCUGAUUUGUCAUUCUCCAAGGAGGAAUUAAACACAGAAGUAGAAAACAAGGAUCACAAUGUUCUCAGCUCAAAAAGUGAAAAUGCAAACUGUAAAUCUGAGCCCAUGGAAGGAACACAGGCUAAACCACCGCUGCCCAAGAAGCCUGUUUUGCAAAAUAUAGUUGCUGACAAUGACACGAAUAAAGAAGCCUCGGAAAAUGGCUCCAAUCAGGAAAAGAAAAGAAAAUCUUUAGAGAUAAAGAUUGAAAAGAAAUUGCCCGACAGUAGGCCCAUUGUCAACAAAUCAUUUGAUAAAAACACUCCUGUGGGGACAGCAGACCUUGUUAAAGCAGCUGAAAGCAAACCAGAGCUUUCAUGGUUGUCCAUGGCUCGACAGAAACAGAGAAGCCUUAAAGAAGACCAUCUUGUCUCAGAGCAUAGCCUUGUAAACCAGGGUUCAGAAAAGCAAGUCAAAGACAGAGCAGAGGUCCAUUUAGAGGAGCAAGUUGACCUCAUGCAGGACAAAACGACAAGCACAUCAACUCCAGCUCUUCCUGAAAUGUAUGGGCAAGACAUCAAAGUUGAAAAGAGGCAAAGAGCAAACACAUUGCCACAUCCUGUCCAUGCUACACAGCUGUCUUUCCUGACAGAAAAAGAGGAAAAGACUUUACAGAAACAACAAGCAUUUUCAGUCUCCAAGGAACCUUCUUGGAUGGAACUGGCCAAGAAAAAAUCCCAGGCCUGGAGUGACAAGCCUCACAUCAUUAAAUAAGAGAAAAUGCCUCAUCUGUUUCUUUCAUACUUGACUAGUCCCAGUGCCUUAUUACAAGCACAAAAUAUAACUGAACGGGUAGAAAUAGAGGAACUUCCAGCAGUUUUAUAUAAUCUGUUACUAUACGAGUGAUAUCUACUGUCCUCCUUGUAGAGGUCCAUUUUGUUUUGAUGAUAUAUAUGAUGGAUCAUGUUAGCAAGUAAAGCUGUGCUUGCUUUCAACCGGUGAUCUUAGUUUCUGACGCAUUGACAUAAAAUGUGAUUUUCGUCUGCUUUUCGUAUUUCUGUUUGAGCUUUUUCUAACAUACUGUAUUUUUUCCCCAGUUUAUAUAUGCACAGUCCUUAUGCUAAAAACUGGAUGAAACUUGAAGGACAGCAACCAUUCAGGGUUCAUACACAUAGACACAUAACAUAUACAGCAGUACAGUCCACGGAGGCUAUAUUGCUCCUUAGUUUAGAGGUGAGCAGCCCCCAUGUACUGCCGUACAGGCUUCUUCAGGCUCUAUUUGUAUGAAAAAAUUCUCUCAUAUAAGUUUCUAGUGGAGAAUACCUAUGUACCAGUGGCAUAACUAGAAAUGACUGGGUCCCACAGCAACAUUUUUGAAUGGGCCCCCUCCCUCACCCCCAACACCUUCCUCAUAACCUCCUCCUCCCAUGCAACCCCAACUCCUGUGGCAAAUCAAGAUCACUCUCUGAGACCAGGCCAGGCAGCCACUCUGUCGGAUUCCGACGCGUACAGUAUAUACUGUAUGUGAUGUCACUGUAUAGAAUGUCAUUGUAUAAUACAGUUGAGGGGCCUUGACAAUAAAAUCUUUCAGUCCUCCUGGGUGGGCCCCUUCUGGGGUUGGGCCCUGUGGCAGCCGCUUCCACUAUAGCUAUGCCCCUGCUAUGUACACACAUAAUCUGAUAGAGCUUGCUAUGAUUCUUUUCUGUUAGAUUUUUACAUAUUCUUACACACUCUGUAUAAAAUUGGCAUACAGAGGCACAUUAAAGGUCCUAAGUACCUUUACUUCAGCCUUAUUGCUGAAAAUUCUGAUAUAUAUGACUGUGUACAUGAGCCCUUAGGUAAUGUCUCUCAGAUAAGUUAGUUUCAUUAUGAAACUUUUGCAGGUAUUAAAGGGGUAUUACCACCUGGGACGUUGAUGGCCUUGCACCUCUGGGACCCCCUCAUAUCGCCAUAAUCGGUGCUCAAAGUAAAGGAGAACAGACACCUUCCAUUCAACGGUAUGAGAGUUCCAAAAAUAGCGCAUCUCUGGCUUGACUAUUGUCAACAGUCCCAUGGCAGUCAAUGGACAGGUGGCCACUAACUUGCUCUACAUUUACUACUAGGGGACUUCUGAACCCAGCCAAACGCACUUGCUUGACUAUUUUUGGAACUCUCAUAGCAGUGAAUGGAAAGCAAGCCAUGCAUGUGCAGUGCGCUCUUCUUCAUUUUGGGGGCACCGUUUUGGAGAUUAGAGCGGGUCCCAUAGUUGAAAUUAAUGGCAUAUCCUUUAAAUAAAGACAUGAACGCUAUGCAGCACAUCAUAUUGUCUAUGGCAAGUGUUGAACAAUAGUUUGG